AUGUCAUCAAACAACGAACAAACGCAUAAUAAAGAUAGCUCAAAGCUGAUCAGCGCUCUGCGCUCGACGCUGAACCACCUGGCUGAGAAUUCCUAUCCUCACGUCCCCGGCCCAGAAGGUUGCAACAGACGUGCUUCAGUGGCCCUUGUCGUGCGGGUACGCCCCCACUACAAGCAUUGGCCGAGCGAGACCUCCCAACCUACGUCCAUUGAUCAGUACUUCCAGCAGGACUGGGUUCAGCAUGGCGACCCGGAGGUUUUGUUCAUCAAGAGGGCUGCCCGAGUAGGGGACAGAUGGACCAGCCAUGUUGCAUUACCGGGAGGGAAACGGGACCCUGAGGACGAGGACGAUAAGGCGGUUGCCAUAAGAGAAACGUCCGAAGAGAUUGGCCUUGAUCUUACAUCUCCUGAUGCUUUAUUCGUUGGGAAUCUCCCCGAACGGGUAGUCAAAACUUCAUGGGGGAAGGUCCCUAUUAUGGUCCUUUGCCCAUUCGUCUUCCUCUGGACGCAACCAGACUUGCCACCUCUUAAGCUACAACCAACGGAGGUUGCUUCAACGCACUGGGUUCCCCUUCGAGUUCUGCUGUCGCCGUCAGCGCGUACAUACGAAUACGUCGAUGUAUCGGAUCGAUUCGCAGGCACGGGGGUGGUACGCAGGACGCUCGUGCGGUCCAUACUCGGUCAGAUGCGGUUCUCCGCCAUCAGAUUAAUACCAUCCGAAUCUUUAUACUGCAGUUCGACAGCGGAGUUCUUCCCCCUGGACCCGCUGGAGGAGAAGCUGCCCUUGGGAACGAGAUUAUAUAAUUGGUGUCGUGGAGAUCAUACACGAUCUGCGGAAAGCACAAGGCCAUUGUUACUCUGGGGACUGACACUCGGGAUGCUAGCUGAUUUUCUGGAUCAAUUGCCACCCCACAAUGCUGUGCAGAUAUGGUCCUAUCCAACCUUUACAUCCCCUGAUGUCCGGUGGAUAAUCAAUAUCCUAACGCGAUCUCUCAAGCAGAGAAAUGCGGCAAGGCUCCAAAGCGGGGGAAUGAACCAGACUGCUAUGGAUAGUGAAACAGAAGCGGUUGCUACGGGAGAUAUUCAAGAGGGUGCAAAAAAUGCGAAGCGACCUUACGCUGUUGGUGUUAUGUUAGAAGGUUAUUACGACAUGCUUAGAAGAGGAGUCUGGAUUGCGGCAAGUGUCCGCAUGAUAGCUGCUGUAGCCAUUACUGUACAAGUUGUGAGAAGAUAUAGAGGGUAUAGAUCUUAA